AUGCUCUCAGGAAGAUACCCUUCUUGGGUUAACAUGAAUAAUUUACAUGUGAAUUUGGUGUGGAACAACUUUGGGAUAGAUAACUCGAACAACAGUAUUUUGCCUUCAGGACUAAAUUGUCUUCAGCGAGAUACUCCAUGUUUUGGUUCUCCAUCUUAUUCCUCCUUUGCGGUGGACUCUGGUGGUUCGAGACCCAUCAGAGCCUCAGACAACUCCAUUUAUGAACCUGAUGAUGCCAGUCUUCAACUUGCAUCAUACUACGUUACAAACUCAACGAGAUGGGGUGUUAGCAACAUCGGGAGAUUCAUGGACUCGGCUAAUGGGAGUUAUAUAAUAUACACUUCUCGCCGGUUUACCAACACACUUGAUUCUGAACUAUUUCAGACAGCCAGAAUGUCACCCUCUUCAUUGAGAUACUUCGGCAUUGGGCUCAAGAAUGGCAUGUACAGCGUUGUACUUCAAUUUGCAGAGAUUUUUUUCCCAGAUGACCAGACAUGGAAAAGCGUGGGAAAGAGGAUUUUCAAUAUAUAUAUCCAGGGAGAUCUUAAAGAAACAGAUUUCGAUAUAAAGAAGCAAACAAAUGGAAAAUCUUAUACUGCUGUUCAAAGACAGUACACUGUUGAAGUAACGAAUAAUGUCAUUGAUAUUCAUCUCUUUUGGGCUGGAAAGGGCACUUGUUGCAUUCCUGAACAAGGGUUCUAUGGGCCAUCGAUAUCAGCAUUAAGCGUAUCUUCUUAUGAUAGCAACGGUGAAGGGGAUCCUGGUUCACAGAGAAACAGCACUAGCAGUAGAACAGGUUUGGUUGUUGGAGUUGUAGUCUGUGUUGCGAUUUUAGGAUUUCUAGCACUCGCUGGGGCCAUUGUUUGGAGGCAGAAAAGAAGAAGGCUAGAGGUGGAAAUGGAAGAGCUGUUCAGUAUAGUUGGAAGGCCUAACAUCUUCAGUUACGGUGAAAUGAAGUCUGCUACUGACAGUUUUAGUGAUAGCAACAUUCUCGGAAGAGGGGGAUAUGGACCUGUUUACAAGGGUAAGCUACUUGAUGGGAGGAUUGUAGCUGUAAAGCAGCUGUCUUCUACAUCUCAUCAAGGGAAAAAAGAGUUCAUGACAGAAAUUGCAACCAUAUCUGCGGUGCAGCAUCGAAACCUCGUGAAGCUGCACGGUUGUUGCAUCGACAGUAAGACACCACUUUUGGUCUAUGAGUAUCUGGAACAAGGGAGCCUCGAUCAAGCAAUUUUUGGCAAGACAGACUUGAACCUAGAUUGGAGAACGCGCUUCGAGAUAUGCAUAGGCAUUGCAAGAGGUCUCGCAUACCUCCAUGAGGAGUCCAGCAUGCGGAUAGUCCACAGGGACAUCAAAGCCAGCAAUGUCUUGCUCGAUGCUGAUCUCAACCCUAAGAUCUCUGACUUCGGGCUGGCUAGGCAUUACAAGGACAGCAUGACGCAUCUCAACACCGGAGUCGCUGGCACGCUUGGUUAUCUUGCACCCGAGUACGCCAUGAUGGGACACCUGACAGAGAAGGCCGACGUUUUCGCAUUCGGGGUCGUGGCACUGGAGAUCCUCGCUGGACGCCGGAACUUCGAUGACAGUCUCGAGGAAGAUGAGAAGUAUCUUCUUGGAUGUGCCUGGUAUCUGCACGAGAGCCAACGGACACUUGAACUGCUGGAUAGUAAACUCAUUGAAUUCGCGACGAGGAAGAAGCUGCGCGACUCAUCAAUGUUGCUCUUCUUUGCACCAUGGGCCUGCCUCAGCGACGCCCACCGAUGUCCAAGGUCGUGUCCAUGCUCACGGAAGACAACGAGGUGA